GCCAUUGGCCGGCGGGGCUAUAAAGGGCGGCGGCGGCCCCGCGGCGGUGCGGCCGGGAUGGAGGCGCUCGGGGCCGAGGGGGACGCGGCGGUGGCGGAGCUGCGGGAGCGGCUGGCGGCGGGCGGGCAGGACCAUGUGUUGCGCUUCUGGCCCGAGCUGGACGGCGCGGCCCGCCGGGCGCUAGCGGCCGAGCUGCGCCGCAUGGACGUGGCUGAGAUCAACCGGUUCUUCCUCCGCGCUCGCGGGCGCGGCGGCGGAGCGGCGGCGGCUUCAGCCGGGCUGGACGCGCGCAUGGAGCCGGUGCCGCGGGACGUGCUGGGCAGCGCCUCCCGCGACCGCGGGCUGGUGCCGCGCUGGGAGAGCCGCGGGCUGGCGGAGAUCGCGGGGAGCCGCGUGGCCGCGCUGCUGCUGGCCGGCGGGCAGGGCACCCGCCUCGGCGUCCCCUACCCCAAGGGCAUGUGCGACGUGGGGCUGCCCUCCCGCAAGACCCUCUUCCACCUGCAGGCCCAGCGCCUGCGGCGGCUGCAGCAGAUGGCGGAGGAGCAGCACGGCACUCCGUGCCACAUCCCCUGGUACAUUAUGACAAGUGGCUGCACUAUGGAGUCCACCAAGGAGUUCUUCCAGAAACAUCGGUAUUUUGGCUUGAAGAAGGAGAACGUCAUCUUCUUCCAGCAGGGCAUGCUGCCCGCCCUGGGAUUCGAUGGGAAAAUCCUGCUGGAGGAGAAGGGCAAGAUUGCCAUGGCACCAGAUGGCAACGGGGGCCUGUACCGGGCCCUGGGCUCACACAGCAUCAUGGAUGACAUGGAGCGGAGGGGAGUGCAGAGUGUCCAUGUCUACUGUGUGGACAACAUCCUGGUGAAGGUGGCCGACCCCAGGUUCAUCGGCUUCUGCUUGGAGAAGGGAGCAGACUGUGGGGCCAAGGUGGUGGAGAAGACGAACCCCACGGAGCCGGUGGGCGUGGUGUGCCGGGUGGACGGCGUGUACCAGGUGGUGGAGUACAGCGAGAUCUCCCUGGCCACCGCCCAGCGGCGCGGCUCGGACGGGCGGCUGCUCUUCAACGCGGGCAACAUCGCCAACCACUACUUCUCCACUGCCUUCCUGAAAGAUGUGGUCAACACUUACGAACCACAGCUGCAGCACCACGUGGCUGAGAAGAAGAUCCCACAUGUGGACAUCACUACAGGACAGCUAGUCCAACCCGAGAAGCCCAACGGGAUUAAGAUGGAGAAGUUUGUCUUCGACAUCUUCCAGUUUUCCAAGAAGUUUGUGGUGUACGAGGUGCUGCGUGAGGAUGAGUUCUCUCCCCUGAAGAACGCAGACAGCCAGAAUGGCAAGGACAACCCCACCACAGCCCAACAUGCCUUGAUGUCCCUGCACCACUGCUGGGUUCUCAAUGCAGGGGGGCACUUUGUGGACGAAAAUGGUACACGCAUCCCUGCCAUCCCUCGGACUGCCGACAUGUCGGCCACCCCCAGAGUGCUGCCACUGCUGCCACUGCUGCCACUGCUGCUGCUGCACGUGCCACACGCUGCCAGAGCCCAGGUCAACCCUGCGGUGUGUCGGUACCCCUUGGGAAUGUCGGGUGGGCACAUCCCUGACGAGGACAUCUCAGCCUCCAGCCACUGGUCUGACUCCACGGCCGCCAAAUACGGACGGCUGGACUCGGAGGAGGGCGAUGGAGCCUGGUGCCCCAAGACUCCAGUGGAGCCAAAUGACCUGAAGGAGUUCCUGCAGAUUGACCUGCAAGCCCUGCACUUCAUCACACUGGUGGGCACCCAGGGGCGCCACGCCAAGGGCCACGGCAAUGAGUUUGCCCCCAUGUAUAAAAUCAACUACAGCCGGGAUGGCACCCGCUGGAUCUCUUGGAGGAACCGGCACGGGAAACAGGUUCUGGAUGGAAAUACCAACACCUACGACAUCGUCCUCAAGGACCUGGAGCCGCCCCUCAUUGCCCGCUUUGUCCGCUUCAUCCCCGUCACUGACCACUCCAUGAACGUCUGCCUGCGCGUGGAGCUGUACGGCUGUGCCUGGCUGGAUGGGCUGGUGUCCUACAACGCGCCGGUCGGGCAGCAGCUCAUCCUUCCUGGGGGCACUGUCAUCUACCUGAAUGACUCGGUGUAUGACGGGGCCUUCGGGUACAGCAUGACAGAGGGCCUGGGCCAGCUGACGGAUGGGGUGUCGGGGCUGGAUGACUUCACACAGACCCACGAGUACCACGUCUGGCCAGGCUACGACUACGUGGGCUGGCGCAACGAGAGCACGGCUGGCGGCUAUGUGGAGAUCACCUUUGAGUUUGACCGCAUCAGGAACUUCACCGCCAUGAAGGUCCACUGCAACAACAUGUUCGCCAAAGGUGUGAAGAUCUUCAAGGAGGUGCAGUGCUACUUCCGCGCCGACACCAGCGAGUGGGAGCCCAGCGCCGUCUCCUCGGUGCUGGUGCUGGAUGAUGUGAACCCCAGCGCCCGUUUCGUCACCGUGCCUCUGCUCCACCGCAUGGCCAGUGCCAUCAAGUGCCAGUACUACUUCGCCGACACCUGGAUGAUGUUCAGUGAGAUCACCUUCCAGUCAGAUGCAGCCAUGUACAAUAACUCAGUGCCCCCCGCUGAGGCACCCAUGGUCCCCACCACUUAUGACCCCACGCUCAAGGUAGACGACAGCAACACACGCAUCCUGAUCGGGUGCCUGGUGGCCAUCAUCUUCAUCCUAGUGGCCAUCAUUGUCAUCAUACUGUGGCGGCAGUUCUGGCAGAAGAUGCUGGAGAAGGCAUCACGGAGGAUGCUGGAUGAUGAAAUGACCGUCAGCCUCUCCCUGCCCAGUGAAUCCAGCAUGUUCAACCACAACCGCUCCUCCUCCCCCAGCGAGCAGGAGUCCAGCUCCACCUAUGACCGCAUCUUCCCCCUGGGACCCGACUACCAGGAGCCCUCCCGCCUGAUCCGCAAGCUGCCUGAGUUCACCUCGGGGGAGGAGGACACAGGCUGCAGCGGCCCCACCAAGCCAUGCCAGGCCAGCGUCCCCGAGGGCGUCCCGCACUACGCCGAGGCCGACAUUGUGAACCUGCAGGGUGUGACAGGCGGCAACACCUACUCAGUGCCAGCCCUCACCAUGGACCUGCUCGCUGGCAAGGACGUGGCCGUCGAGGAGUUCCCCAGGAAGCUGCUGACCUUCAAGGAGAAGCUGGGGGAAGGCCAGUUUGGGGAGGUUCACCUCUGUGAAGUGGAGGGGAUGGAGAAGUUCACAGGGAAGGACUUUGCCCUGGAGGGCUUGGAUGGCAGCUCUGACCACCCCGUGCUUGUGGCUGUGAAGAUGCUGCGGGCAGAUGCCAACAAGAAUGCCAGGAAUGAUUUUCUGAAGGAAAUCAAGAUCAUGUCGCGGCUGAAGGACCCCAACAUCAUCCGGCUGCUGGCGGUGUGCAUCACAGAUGACCCCCUGUGCAUGAUAACCGAGUACAUGGAGAACGGGGACCUCAACCAGUUCCUGUCCCGCCAGCAGGCAGGCGGCCCCGCUGCUGCCCACGCACCCAGCGUCAGUGACCUGCGGUUCAUGGCCACCCAGAUUGCCUCAGGCAUGAAGUACCUCUCGUCCCUCAACUUCGUGCACCGGGACCUGGCCACGCGCAACUGCCUGGUGGGGAAGCACUACACCAUCAAGAUCGCCGACUUUGGGAUGAGCAGGAACCUCUACAGUGGGGACUACUACCGCACAGGCCGGGCAGUGCUCCCCAUCCGCUGGAUGUCCUGGGAGAGCAUCCUGCUGGGCAAGUUCACAACGGCCAGUGACGUGUGGGCGUUCGGAGUGACACUGUGGGAGACCUUCACGCUCUGCCGGGAGCAGCCCUACUCCCAGAUGUCUGACGAGCAGGUCAUCGAGAACACCGGCGAGUUCUUCCGGGACCAGGGCCGGCAGACCUACCUUCCCCAGCCCAUGCUAUGCCCUGACUCAGUCUAUAAGCUAAUGCUCAGCUGCUGGAGACGGGACACUAAAGAUCGUCCCUCCUUCCAGGACAUCCAUCGCCUUCUGCAGGACUCAGCCAGUGAAGAAUGACCUUGGCUCCCGCCUGCCCUGGUUCCCAUCCUUCCCUGUCCCCAGAGGAGCCCCAGAUGCAAACCGAAGCCACUUCACUCAGACUUAGCCAUAAACCCCGAGCAGCGGCUCGUGUUCUCAUUGUGCAGUGAGGCCUCAGAGGAGACCCCCAGGACAGCAAAGCCCCACGGUGUGGGACGCUCAGCCCUCCCUCUUCUGCAGACAGAGCCCGGCAGCAGCGCGGGCUCGGGGAGGGUUAUUUAUUGAUGCAGCGUGUUCCUGGUGACAAGGAGCGGGACAGAGCGGCUGCUCUUCCCUGGCUGAAGGGGGACGAACUUCAGCGGGACUUUCUCUGUGAGGAAGCUCGGCCCACACUCAGGGGCAGGUGCCUGGGGAAGGGAUGUGUGCAGGUGUGUGCCCACUGGAGCAGGGGACAGACCGGCAGCCACCACCUGCUUCAGCAGGAGCUGGGAGCUGCCUCCUGCUCUCAAUGGGUUGUGCAGUCAAGGGGUGAAAACAAAGACUCCGCGGACAUUUGGGGCUUUGGCCAUGCCACGUGGAGAGGCAGGAAGCUCCCUCCCUGCUGGCCAGCCCCAGCUGCACAGGGGUGCUCCCAGCACCUCACCCAGCUGCUGGAGUGUGCAGCCAGGGAGGAGCAGGCAUCCUGUGCCGAGGGGACAUUGCCCUCACCGACCACAGCCACUCCAGGGCAGCUCAACUGCCCAGGAAAUGCAUUUUGGAUGCCCCACGGGUGAUGCAUGGCAGCUGGCAGCAGGAUGCUAGCACCUUUUAGUUCCAUUCCCCAUGGAAAUCUCCAGGUCCUCCUCCCCCAGGGUUAACCCACAUCUUCAUCUGCCAGGAGAAAAAUGCAUGUAGCAGAGUUUCACUGGCAGCUGCCCGCUGCCCAUGCCUGCAACAAGCCCACGGGCAUGGAGCAGGAUGCUCCAGCUCUCCCUGGCUCUCAGCCUGGGGUCACAGGCCAGCUGAAGCACCUGAGCUGGGCUCUGCCACCCUGAGCAUCCCACAGCAUUCUGGCACCCGUCCGUGCUGCCAAAGCUGCCAGCAUCCUGAGCAAACUGGGCAGGUGCCAAAGCCAUGUGCCCUGGCAGGUGACCCACCACGCCGCAGACCCUCCUGUGGCGGGGCAGGAGGAACUGUGGACUUGGAGGGUCCAUGGAGCCCUGCACACUUUUGUACGCACUAGUUCAGCACCAGCAGACGCGCGUGGCACAGCUCCCAGUAUCCCGUGGCUAAGGCAUGUGUAUAUUCUGUAGCUGCACCUCUGUGUAGGGGCCAACCCGCUGAAGAGACACUCGGUAUGUGA